UGAGCACACGUCGAUAUGUGAAGAGGAAGAAGAAGCAGCCGCAGCAGCAGCAGCAAUAACAAUAACAACAGCAGCAGCAGCAGAUACUAAGAAGCAUGAUGAAUGUUGAGCUGUUGGUGUCUUUGGUGUCUGAACGCCGAGAGCUUUAUGAUAAACGCCACAGCGACUAUAAAAACAUUGAUAAGAGGGAGUUGUUGUGGCAAGAAAUUGCAGAUCAAACAGGAUUCGACGUGGAGGAGGUUAAACUGAAGUGGAAGAGUUUACGCGAUACAUACACGAGGAAAAAGCGUGAGGAGGACUGCAGGAGUGGACAGACUGCUAAAAACAAGAAGCAGUGGAAAUACAUGAAGGUGAUGGAGUUCCUCGCAACAUCAACUGAAUUUCGAAGCAACAUUUCUGAAAACACUGAUGAAGUGGAUGACCAAAACGAUGCAAGUGAAAGCGAACGAGCGAGCACUUCUUCAGGACUGUCCGUCCCCAGCCCAGCAGUGAUUAGGUCUAGUGCGGGGAAGAGAAAGUGGUCAGAGAUGCCGGACUUCUUGGAGAAGUAUCUGCUAUCCAAAGAAUCCAGGGAAAGAGAGAAAGAGGAGCGCAGAGAGCAACGAAGAGCGCAAAAGAGAGCACUAAAGAACGAUGACAUUUACUUUUUUAUUCAUAGCUUGGUACCUGCAUUAAAGAGAUUGUCCCCACCCCAGCUGUCUUCAGUCAAACUUCAAAUACAACAGUUAUUGCACGAUGCUGAGUUUGGUCAGCCCUCUUUUUCUCAGUUUCCUCACCAAUCACCUACGUCCUUACAUCAGGUCACCCCGGAGACCGCUACAAACUAUGAGUGCUCUGCCCGGUCAAAAAGUGUGUGAAUGUCUUUUUGCAAACAUUUAAAUACUGACGCUGUUCUUCUUCUCAGUGCUAAGCCAGCUGUCAGAAAUGGAAAGUUGUGCAGCGCCACCUUGUGUACCAGGGGAUUUCUGCUUUUCAAUAAGCUCCGUCUACUGUCAGGGAGUGAAAUUGCACUUUCAUUUAGUGCUUGAUCGAGUUUAACUAUGGGGUUGGAAUUGUUUCAUAAUUCCAAAUAAAUAGAUUACGAUCUGCAAAUAAAUGUAGUGAGAUUUACAAAAAUUAAACAUUCACAGUUACAUUGAACAGGGGCCAAUCGGAUAACUGCCACAUUGCACUGACCAAUUGUAGCACAUUAUCACGCCAACCAAUAACGUUUUGUUUUAUAGUCAGUCUGCCAAGAGAUGUCUAAAAUCUUGCUAACUAAUUGAGCUUUUCUCACAAUUUGAUCAACUUUUCAUAGUGGAAUGAACACAAGCUUAAUCAGUUCAGUCUGUAAAAUGUCUGUGAUGCACAUGCACUGUCAGUCAUCAACAAAACAGCAGAUAACAAGAAAUUUAGCAGAACACAACAAAUGGAUGAAUUAAUCUACAGUUAUUUCAGCAUAAACAUAGUGGUGACAAUGAUAAUUUGAGUGAAGAAACGGCAACAAGGCUGUCAUCACAUCACACCUCAUGAGAGCAGACGGGGUGAUGGUUCAUGUUGUUCAUUCACUGUUUGUCCAUGUACUUAUGUAAUUUGUUUUUGUGACUCAUAUGCAAACUUGUGGAUCAUCAGAUCUUUUGAUUCAGAUAAACUCCAUUUCAUGUGACAUCACUUUCAUCAUAGUCAACAAUCUUGGCAGAAUGGAGAAAGCAAUGGAGGAAGGAAGGCAGGGAAAAAUAGACAUCAGCAUCAAAGUAGCACAAACACUGCUGUGCCUUCUCUGAGUACCCCUGAAUACAUUUGAGUUCUCAGCAGUUUGGUAGAGCACAUUUUGAGUCACUACAUCUUAUUGAAAAAUAUGUUAAAUUAACACAGCCUGAUUGAGCCAUCUCUACCACUUAGUUUAGGUUUGUUAUGUUAAAAACAUACACAUAAACAUUCACUAAAUGUUGCUGUGUCUAUAUGUCGUGUGCCUUUUCAGUUUGCCUUCUUAGAGGAAGUUAGCAACAAGAAAGACACUCCAGACAUCCGCCUCUGGGCUUUAUUUGAACUUUUUUUUUUUGUAUUUAGUAAAUGUACUUAUACUCUUACCAUGAAGUGACUUUGGUAUACAAAAAAAUACAAAAAAAAAACUGUGGGGUCUUUUUUUAAAAAAAACAAAACAUUGUUUGUUGUUUAUUUAUUGCCCCAAGGAAAUAAAAAAUUCAAAGA